AUGUCAAGCACAAAUAGCACAGGUAUUGGUAAAUCGACAACAUCAACAUCAACAACUGCAACACCAAUAUUACCUACUACAGCAACACCAACUUCGACCACCUCAACUACAACUACGACCACUACUUCUUCUAAACCUGCGGCGUCGUCGACAGGGACUGCGGCGGGGACGGGCACAGGUGGGGCUACAGGUACUGCUGGUUCAUUGAAGAGAUUGCCAAUUCAAGAGAUCGAUGAUAAGAAGAUCGUAAAGAAGAAGAGAACAGUUGGUCCUUUGACAAUUGCUGAGGAGGACUUCAUUGCCAAUGCCUUCAGGAAUGUUCCCGACAGCAAACUAUCAACAGAUGUCAGGCGCAUCAAGAGGAAGUUCCUCUUGAGAGAGCAAAAGAGGAAGGUUGACUUGGAGAUGUUCAACCUUGAUGAUAAGAUACAUCAUUAUACAUCGCAUGUCAAGAAGAAGGAUCAGAGACUAUCGUUGUACUUUGAAAAGGAUGAGAUACCAUCGUUCACAAAGAAGCCAUUGCAUUCACUCGAGUCACUCAAUGUCACCGAACAGGACAAGCUCAAUGAGUUGGUACAUCCACUACAAGUGUUUGACACGCAGCUGCAACAACAACAACUGCUGCAACAACAGAUGGAGAAGAAGAGGCUGGAGCAAGAGCAAUUGAAGAAACAACAGCAGGAGAAGGAGGAGAAGCUGGUGCAAGAAAGACUGCGGCAGGAGAAGCUUGAAAAGGAGAGACUAGAGCAACAAAGGUUGGAGCAGGAGAGGCUGGCCAAGCUGGUACCAAAGCCACCAGCUGUCAUAUACAAUGAUGGUGUCAAUCAAGUGACUGAAUACUUUGACAAUGGUACAACAACGACUAAGGAACGACCGAUAGUCGCGCCUCCAAGCGCUCCACCACCAUCAUCAACCGACAAAGAUACAAACAUGACCGCAACUGCAACGAGCAAUGGCUACCUGGCCAAACUCUAUCACUGGGACAGCACCAAUCAGACCAAUCAACAACAACAGCAACUACACCAGCAACAGCAGCAACAGAAAACCAACAACAACAACAACAUCACCAAGAUCAUCAAGCCAUUCCAGAGAUUGAAGGAUAAGAUUGCAUCACGUGAUAACAACAUCGAUUUGGCUAUACAGCCAUUCAUCAGUCCGUUCACAACCAGAGAGUUGAAGGCAUUCAUUAGACGCGACUAUGAGACAGUCCCUGGACGUGUACUAAUGUUGCGCGAGCUCUAUCAGUUCUUUGUGGCCAAUCACAUGGUCCAAUACUCGCCACUUGACACAGAGUUCUACCCAAUCGACUACCGCUAUCUCACUCCAGAUCUUGUUGAUAAGACACAAUGGUUCCUCUGUGAUGCCUUUUGGCCAGGUAUCGACUUGAGCGAAGUACUCGAGUAUCCAGAUUAUACUGUUGUGGCAAUGUACCGAUCAAUGGUCGUUGGCUGUGGAAUUAUGAACCCAGAUGGAUAUGUAAUGUUCCUUUCUGUGCGACCAGACUGGCAGGCAACCGGCAUCGGCUCAUUCAUGCUCUAUCACUUGACACAGACAAUGAUUGGACGAGACAUAACACUGCAUGUGUCAACCAACAAUGCUGCCAUGGUGCUCUAUCAGAAGUUUGGCUUCAAGAUCGAGGAGUACAUUGCCAACUUCUAUGACAAGUACUACCGCGAAGGGUCUGGGCGAUCAAAGGAUGCAUACCUACUACGCAUGCGAAGAUAA